AUGAAAAAGAACGAGAUCGAGUUACUUAGGGAAUUUCAAGAGAAAAACUAAUAGAAAAUCAUUCAAAGUUAGUAAAUGGGUGGAAUGUCAAAUUAGGGAAGACAGGGAAAUAUAUUGUCAUCAGGGAUAGCAGUUUAGUUUGAGCCUCAUAAAGACCCAUUUUCUAAGAAUAAGAAUUACUCACAUACCCCUGGUACAAAAAAGCCAUCAAGAUUUUUUUAUGAGAGCAUCAAGCAAAGCACGAAAUCACUAAAUAACUAGGAAAGGGAGAAAUCAGACUAUAGAGAGGAUUGCACUGAGGACUUAGAAGAGGAAGAUUCGGGCUCUGAUUCAGAUGAUAAGGGUAGGAGCACAAGUAGUUCUAACCAAUAGCCCACUUUAUCGAGUCUUCAAGCAAAUUAAAUAGGCUAUUCACCUAGUUAAUAAGAGUUCAGUUAAUCUUAGGGAUAAAAUUCAAGUCAAAAUGAUAUAACUAGAGUAAUGAAGAGCUAAUAAAAUGUCCAUAAUAAAGUCAAUGGCUUGAAUGACACCUCAAUGGAAAUGAUUCACCCUGAAAAUCUUGAAUCCAUUUCUUAUUCUAAUUUACAAUAAUCUUCUAAUAAUCCGAACUAUCCAGAGCUUAUCAAAGCAAAUCCUUAACUUUAGUAGCUGUUUAGAAAGUAGUUCCAUGAGAUAAUAGAUAAAAAACUUAAAAAAAGUUUGUCUGCUUAGAGUAAGUUAAGCCAAUUAAAGGGUUAGUAUAAGAAACGCAAAAGUAUAGUAUAGGAUAGCUUUAAGCUAUAGGAUAGCAGUAAUAACUAUGUCACUAAAAAGACAAUCAUCCUCAGUCUUGAUGACUGCUUAUUAAAAACUUCUAUAUUUAAAGAAGACUUGCCAAGAAUUGAUGGAGAGUUUGUGUACAACGGGUUAAAUAUCUUUGUAUGCUAUAGGCCAUAUAUGAAUGAGCUUCUAGCCUCGCUUAAAUAAAGCUUCGAACUGAUACUAUGGUCUUCCUCUUAACCUGAUUAUACUGAAAAAUUGCUAUAAAUAUUAGAUCCUCCAAGUGAUGAUAGAAAAUUCGUUCACCAUUUAGAUCUUUCUCAUUGCUAAAGAAGCGAUGAUGAUACAAUAAUGAUUAAAAAUAUAGACAUAUUACUUGAAAACAGAAGUAAGGAUGAUAUUAUUGUAGUAGAUACAAACAUGCAUAAUUACCGAGUUCAUCUGACGAAUGGCAUCAUGAUACCUGCCUACCACAUUGAUAAGGAUCAUACAGAUAAAUGGCUUUAUCAUCUAGGCUGUUAUUUAUUUGAGUUUGUACCUGAGAAAAAUGUUCGCUAGAAGAUAAAGUUCGAUUUUCAACUUGAUCAAAUCUUUGAAGAGAGUAAAUAGAAUCAAGCAUAUUUAAAAAUCAAGACUACUCAUGAAAAUAGAAUGCAAGAAAUUUCAAGUGAAAAAUUUUAAGAUUAUAGUAGUAACAAUAGCUUCGCUGAUGAAUAAGCCAAAGCUGAUUAAUGA